CCAAUGGGAUGAGACGAGGUAUAUUUGAACGAUCAAAAGCGGGCUAGCAAACAUUCGAGAGGGAAACAAAGAGGGGUCAGCGUCCUACUACUUUUGGAACGGAAAUACUGGACUUAAGUACUUUUUCUGAUCAGGAUACUUUGGCAAUCAUAUAAGGUCUCCAUCAUGUCUCACAAACAGAUCUACUACUCUGAUAAAUAUGACGAUGACAAAUACGAGUACAGGCAUGUAAUGCUUCCCAAAGACAUUGCAAAGCGUGUACCCAAGACCCAUUUGAUGUCGGAGACCGAGUGGAGGAACCUGGGUGUCCAGCAGAGCCAAGGAUGGGUGCAUUACAUGAUCCAUCAGCCAGAGCCGCACAUCUUGCUGUUCCGGCGCCCUCUGGUAAAUCAGCCUAAAGUCAUAAGGGAGAGAAUUGCUGGGUCCUUGGAAGAUCAAUCAUGCUUGUCACAGAUCAACCCAAAAUAGGCAGUAUGCUGUCAGAUUACCAAGCUCUUCUAUGGUAGGUGACUUGUGAUUUGGGCUGAUCAUGUUGGACCCGGAGAAGGACUAUCACAUUUAUGAACAAUGGUUGUGGAAUGGAGUAUGCGUUGAAAAAAAAAAAAGAAUCUUCGCCCUUCUCUUAGGGAAAAGACUUCAUGGGUGUUAACAGCGACGUGCCGUAAGCCAGAAAAACUUCACUUACACUGUCUUUUUGACUUAAUUUAUCAGUCCGACUUGCUGAACCUGCUUGGAUAUUCCAGCUUUUUAGAACAAUUGUUAUAAGAUGUGGGGAGUGAAACUUGUUCAAACAUUUGAGUAAUUCUAACGGUGUAUUCUGGGUCAAGCUUGGGUCAGAACAUAAGCCAGACUGAAUAAUGGGAUCCUAAAUCAAGUUUGACUCUGGGUGCGGUUUAAAGUGACAUGUUGCUGCUUGGUUUAAAUGACGUGAAUUGGCAUUUAACACUUCUUUUUUUCAUGUGCAUCAAAAGCUGCGUCUAUGAGUCGUCUAGAAACUACUUUUUGAUCCCUUUUCCUGUAAAAGCAUAUCAGUUUUGGCCUGCUUUAAAAUAAAUCUUUUUGAGGGCUCUGAUUGACAGUGAGCUGCUCAGUAUUUAUGAAUGUGGUGCCCUUUCUGAAAUGAACGUAAACUUGUUUUUUCUUUUCAAAUCGUAUUAGUAUGGACUUUGGCAGUCUUUAGGGUAUACAACUAUUGUAUGGUUACACAGCCACUUGACACAUGAAAAUGCAUGUGGAAAAUAUUGUUAAAAAAGGCAGUUGAUUGCAGACUCUACCCUAAAAUGCUCUUAUAGAAUACAUCCAGGUCAUUGAGUGGAAUGUUGGAAGGGCAAUUGCAUUUAUCUCAGAUUGUGGUAUUGAAUGCUAUUUGCAUCAAGGCACUUGUUUUUCAUUCUCAUACUGUUCUGAAUACACCCACUCUGACGUGUUUACCUUCUGUCCCUUACUACCACAUACUGAGCUGCUCUGCUGUCACUGAGGCUAAAACCUUGCCUUUUGAAUAAUUGUUCUCUGAACUUGUGCCUUUUUUGUAAGGUUUUCUUUUGUAUAGUUCUUUGACAGGAUCAUUUAUUAUAAUGUGUAGGUAAAUGGCUGUUCUACCUUUUCAGAAUUAUUAAAGGAAUCCAUGCAAUCAAAUUAAAGUGCAUGCAUUUAGUCUUUGAUGAAAUGUGUUGGAUGACAUCUCUGUCCCCUUGUAUGGUAAUCUUGAAAAUAACACUAGAAUAUUGGAUUACUACAGAUGGGAGUGUGGAAUUGAUAAUACCCCAUUUUGCAUUCUAACAUUAUAUGGCUGUAUCAAAAUGGAAAUAUUUCCUCUACAAUAUACACCUAUGUCAGCACUAGCAAAUUUAGUGAAAGUUUUUUUUUUUUUUUAUCCUCAUGUAAUGGCUGGUGAAAACACAAAUCCACCAGACUACAGCAUGGAAUUCUUGAAUACACCCUUUCUCCUAACUAUUCUCUUGUCUUAUCCUGUUUCCUGUCUCUGAAAAAUAAAAGGAAAAUGCUAAAGAUUG